GGAGAAGCCUUCUCCCCUCCCCCUCCCCCUCUCAGUACUUUCUGGCAUCGCCGCAUUCCUGCUCGUAUCCUGAACUGCUCCCCCGAGCGUUGACUGCCGAGCCUCUCUCUUCUCUCUCGUGACAUCGGUGUGACGUGACCGUGCGGCAGUGUCGUCGCCCUAGUUGGGUUGGACCUUGCGGCAGUGUGAGGCGGGUGGUCAUAUAUCGAGCGAUAUAUAUGGCAGGCGACGACGAGCUGCAGGACGUCAAGAUCCAGGACAACUCACCACCCAAUGACAAGAACGAGGACGAGGACAACCAGGAGCACUCGGAGCCUGAUACUACUGCGUCUGAUACCGGUAUGUAAGCACAAACAGCACACUCACCACUGUCAAUAUGAUUCACUCGAUGUGAUGCUGUCUAAUUGACGCAGAUGCUCUGAUUGAAGACAGUGACAGCUCUGUGGGGCGACUUUAAGUUACCCCUAUGGCGUGUCGUGGUACACCAUCAUCGUCAGCCUGGCCUUGCUCGGCCCCUUCGCAGUAGUCCUCGUUCGGGCUUCCGUCGACAAGCACUUCGCCGACUCGUUCCCCAACUACCGCAUCGACGGCAUCUUCGUCCCCCACUGGAUCCUCUUCCCUGUAGGUGCGGUCUUGUCCGUGAUUUGCUUUGGCCACUUCGUGAUGAUGCUGUACGUCAAGCUGGUCGUCCGGCCAUCCCUUCUGCUGCGGCCGACGUACGUGGCCGUGCCAGCUCCUUUUGAGUCAUACCUGCCAUGGCACUUCACCGUCACCGGCCGCGUGCGGACGGUGCACUUCUCGUCCGUCACCAGUGUGAGACUCAUGGAGCGGCGAUCGCGAAGGAGGUGCACCGAGACAAAGUACCGGUACAUUGAGCUCACCUUUCGGCGCAUUGAGCUCGUCCCACCCCCUUGGUGGGACUCAGCAGCGCAGGGGCGUGUCGAGAUCCAUGCGAUGCUGCUGCCGAGGGGGGACAAGGAUCUUGACGAGGCGUGGAGGUUCGUGGAGGCUAAGACUAGGCCUUAUCUGCAGCAGAGGGCGGCCACACAGGCAAUCAGCCAGGCAAUCGGCCGGCCUGCAUAGAUAGCCUGGGUGUCUUAAUCGUGUUUCAUUACUCUUCCUUACUGAAUGUGUGAGUGCUUGGCUGGUGCGUUUCGCUGUGUGGAUAGUACAAUUCACACACACAUACGCACUUACACGCCAGCCAUCCACUCGUUUGUGGCGCUGAUCUCCCUCCGUCUGUCAGUUUCUCUCUGUCUGCGUCUGUCUGUCUGUCCACCCCAUGGGCAAUCAAUAGGUGAUUGCCCUCGGCUUGCCUGCUGUGCGUAGGUCGUGCAGGCAGGCAGGCAGGGAGGCAGGCACCUUAGACAGGCGUGUAUGUGUGCGUGUAGUCUUAUCCGUGUGUGCGUCUGUGACCCAUAGUGAGUUUGGUGGUUGUGCUGUGAUCGAUGGACCACGGUUCGAUGUGCGCAUAUAUAUAAGGAAUUCAAUGUUCGAUUCUG